AGAAGGAGGACAAGAAAAGAGAAGAAGAAAUGAAAAAGAGAGAGAGGGAACAGUUGGAGAACGAACAAAGGCUGAUGGAGGAAGAAAAAAGGAUCACAGGAAUGAGAGAGAAAGUGUUACAAGCCCAGGAGAGAGUGAUAGACCACAAACGAGAAGAAUGUGACCGCAAGAUAAAUAAGGUCAACAAAAUAGUGAUGGAGACAAAGGCACAGGUGGAGGAGGCAAAAAAGAGAGAAAGGGAUUUGCAAAGAAAGGCAAAAGAGAUUGCUGACAAGCGAGAGGAAUGUGACCGCACAGUGGAUCAAGUCAAUAGAAAAGUGUUGGAACUGAGAGCACAAGCUAAGAGAGCAAAAAAGCCAAAAACUUUACUGGAAGGACAAAGUAUGAAGACACAGAGAGCAGAUGAGGGGAAAAACCGAAGUGAAGAAAACAUGCAUCCCCGGGAAGUAAGGAGGCAGAAAGAGGAGUGUGGAACAGAGAGGCUUGGAAAGACCAAACGGGUAGGAAGAGAAAGAUGGAAGGACAGCAAGCUGAGGAGAAACAAGGAACCAGGGAGCUUUGGUGAUGACGCGCCACAGAAAGAAAGAGAAGGGAGAGGAGAGAAAACCGAUACGCAGAUGACAAAAAGGAUGGAGGAGAAUGCAAGUAAAUCAAAGAAUGAACCGAAGGGACCGAGGAGGCAGUGGGAAGAAGAGAGAUCACGCAUAGAGUUGGAGUUCAAGAAGAGGCAGGAGGAAAAAGAGAGACUGCUGAAUGAGUCAGAGGCCAAGGUGAAGCAGAGAGCACACAAGGAGAAAUUGCUGAAAGAAUCAGAGGCCAAGCAGAGGGAGGAAGAGAGACUGCUAAAAGAGUCAGAGGCCAAGGUGAAGCAGAGAGAGGACAAGGAGAAAUUGCUGAAAGAAUCAGAGGCCAAGCAGAGGGAGAAAGAGAGACUGCUAAAAGAGUCAGAGGCCAAGGAGAAGCAGAGAGAGCACGAGGAGAAAUUGCUGAAAGAAUCAGAGGCCAAGCAGAGGGAGAAAGAGAGACUGCUAAAAGAGUCAGAGGCCAAGGAGAAGCAGAGAGAGCACAAGGAGAAAUUGCUGAAAGAAUCAGAGGCCAAGCAGAGGGAGGAAGAGAGACUGCUAAAAGAGUCAGAGGCCAAGGUGAAGCAGAGAGCACACAAGGAGAAAUUGCUGAAAGAAUCAGAGGCCAAGCAGAGGGAGAAAGAGAGACUGCUAAAAGAGUCAGAGGCCAAGGAGAAGCAGAGAGAGCACAAGGAGAAAUUGCUGAAAGAAUCAGAGGCCAAGCAGAGGGAGAAAGAGAGACUGCUAAAAGAGUCAGAGGCCAAGGAGAAGCAGAGAGAGCACAAGGAGAAAUUGCUGAAAGAAUCAGUGGCCAAGCAGAGGGAGAAAGAGAGACUGCUAAAAGAGUCAGAGGCCAAGGAGAAGCAGAGAGAGCACAAGGAGAAAUUGCUGAAAGAAUCAGAGGCCAAGCAGAGGGAGAAAGAGAGACUGCUAAAAGAGUCAGAGGCCAAGGAGAAGCAGAGAGAGCACAAGGAGAAAUUGCUGAAAGAAUCAGUGGCCAAGCAGAGGGAGAAAGAGAGACUGCUAAAAGAAGGGAGAAAGAGAGACUGCUAA